AUGCCCCAGACCACGUCCAAGGGCCUGAUGGAAGACGUCGAUGCGGCGUAUGAAUUCGCUCGGAACUGGCGGGCUGAUGGGAAGAAACGCCGUGUCAUUGCCGCCGGCAGCAGCGGCGGCUUCUUCCCAUGCGUCAUGCUGGCUCAUCACAACCCCGUCAAACCGCUCGCACUCCUCUCAGCCCAGGGUAUCAACUCGUUCCGCCACAGCUUCUUCAACUCGUCCACCAUGCUCACGCCCGAGCCGAUUCCAGACUCGGUCAUGGCGCCCAUCAUCGCCGGCCCCGUCGUCAUUGGCGAAACACGUCCUGACGACCCGUCUGCCUUUGAUGUCGGCCAACUCACACCCGAUGGUUCCAGAAACCCCGACUACAAGCCUCCAGCUCGCCCGCAAACCCCCGAUGACUCAGACGACGCUGCUCGUCUCCGGGGUAUGCUGUACGACUACUACACUCACAAGAACCAGUGGGUCGAGCUGCUGGGUGACGUUGACCCAGGCUACGCGUGGGCAAAGGAAGAUGCGGCCGGGGCCAAGGCUCGCGUGGAGGCGUGGCCGCCAACCGUCAUCUUCCACGGCAACGCCGACUACGACGUGGAGCUGGCGGUGAGCGAAGAGAUGAGGGACUCCCUGGGCGAAGACAAGGUGACGCUGCUGGUGGCAGAGGGGCAGGGCCAUCUCUACGACUUGGUCAAGUUUAUUGAGGAUGAUGCCCCCGGGAUGGAUACCGUCAGGGAGGCCGUCCGGUGUCUGGAUGGAAUUAUUGCCAGGCAAUGA